GCCCGGGCGAGGCAAGAGUCAGACGGCGCCCCGCCUGCGCCUCCCCGCCUCCCUCCCCCGUCGCGGGGCGGAGCGGUUCCUCUCAGGCAGGCGCUGGCUGGGCAGUGAUGGCGGACGAUGGGGAUGGGAAGCUAAGGACUGAACAAGGAGGCGGCGGCGGCGGCAGCAGCAGCCCGGAGGAGACGGCCGCCGGCAGCUGGCUCGGGGGGAGCGGCGGCCUCGACAUGCUGCUGAGCUUGGCGCUGCUGGCGAUCGUGGCGCUCGCGGCCUAUCGGCUCUACAGGCGCUGGGGCAAGAGGAGCGGAGUGGGGGGCGCGGCGCAGCAGGGCCUGGUCGACUCCUUGCCCCGCAUGAAGCGGCGGGACUUCACGCUGGAGCAGCUGCGCGAGUAUGACGGCGCGCGCGCGGCGCGCAUCCUCCUGGCUGUCAACGGCAAAGUCUUCGACGUGACCAAAGGCAGCAAGUUCUACGGGCCCGGUGAGGGGGACGGAGGGAAGGGGGAAAGGGGGCUAGCGGGGGAGGGGGCGGCAUACAUGCCUCCUGGGUGAGCGACGGUGGGACAAAGGCCUGGAAGGCGGAAGAAACGCCCUCGCCCCAAGUAGCAGGUGUAAGUGUGUAAGUGGGAGUGGGGAAAAGGCCCGCUUUACCCACCCACAUGGGUAGGUGGAGAAAGAAGAUAUAGCAGGCUCCAGACCAGGCUGGUUUCCCCAGCCUUUUUUUUGGGGGGGGGGUUCCAGGGCACGUUUGGAGGCAGGGAAGUGCCAAGGGCACCACAAAAUACCCAUUUCGCAGAAGGAAAGCUGGUGAUCUCCUCUGAACUCUCCCUUCCAAAACAAAAGGUAAACACACACACCCCAAAUAAAAUACAGACAAGGAAGCAGACAGCAUCUACACAGAAACAAGUAGCCCACAUCCAACCAAACAGAAGAAUGCAAAAUUUAAAAUAAUUAUUUUAAAAAAUAUGGCAAAUAUGAGGAAUUAUUUAUUGGCAUGCCAUGGUGCCCACAAAUACAGCCUUGGGCACCUAAACUUCAUUCCUAGUCUUGUUCACACAUCUGCUUUACUUUCAGACAUUUAGUCCCUUUUGAAUGCAUAUUUGCCCUGGAGUGAACAAGCUGUCUUCAGCAUAUUUGCUUCCCAGAUUUUCAGAAAUCCUGAGGCUGACUUGUUUCCUUUCCCUACACAUGUAAUUCUCUGGAUUUUGAUUAACUAAGUAGAAAUAGUUCCAGCCUUUUACAAUGUGAGUUGGAAUCCAGUUUCAUUUUAUUAAGGUUUGGAUAUUUUCUCUUUCUGCAAGUCUCUCAGGAAUUGCAAUGAUAAUUGGGCUGCAGUCUUACACAUAGUUACAACAGAAUAAAGUUUAUAAUAAGUUGACGUGGAGCUGUGGACUUAAUCUUAUACUGGUCCUAACCAUGUACAGAUAAAGGCUUAUUGAUUCAUAUCUGCGCAAAGUUCUUGGCAGCUGGAAUAAAAUGUGUCUUGCUUCUGAUUAGAUUUUGCCUAAUAUAUAUCAAAGGAGGCGGGAGAUUGGCAAUAUAUAAUCCAGUUCUUAAUAUGUUUACUUGCAAGUAAAUCCUUCUAAGUAGCAGGUUUAAUAAUUAAACAUUAUUUUAUUUAAUAGGCUCACAAUGAUCUUUUGUGAAGUAUAUAGUAGGUAGUGAAGGAAAAGUAGGGCAAGAUUUUUUUUAAAAAAAUCAUUGUACAUAGAAAGUUAAUAGUUAGAAUAGAUAUUUCUGCAGUUGUUUAUUUUUAAACCUGGUUAAAGAAAUUUACAAAUUAUAAGACUGGGGCUGCAUUUUUUUAAUAAAAAAAAUUGCGCAACCAGUGGGGCAUCUGUGGCCCUCCAGAUGUUGUUGGACUUCAGUUCCCAUCUGGCGGGGAACAAUAUCUGAAGGUUCAUAUAUUCCCCAUCCCUGCUGUACUCACUUGCCUGGGUCAGCCACAUUGGGGGUCAGCCACAUUGAAACUCUAAUUGCCUUGGUUCUGUGUACACAGAUGUGCACACUGUAAGUGAGUUUGUAUAUAGUUAAAAACUUUUCCAAAUACAAAGCAUAGACAAUGUACACAUAGGUUGUAGUAAGCAUGCUAGAAGAGGCAUUCUUCUGUGUAAAAGAAUUGCGAAUACCUCUAAAAAUAGUGUUGUAAUAUGUUUUGAAGGUAAUUUUAAAAGAUCUGUCCAUUAAUCAUGAUAUUUUUAAUUAAUUAAAGACCUUAAUUAAGUGGUUAAACUUGGUGGCACUGUUUAUAUAAAUAUCUUGCUGACCACUUACGCACUGCAAAUGUGCAACUUGUGCUGGUGAAGUAAAACAGUGGUAAUGUAGGUACAAAUAGAUAACAUGCCAUUUGGGCUACUAAACCUUCCUCCCUGAAUACUGGAGUCAGUUGUGAGAAUUCGAUGCUGGAAUAGGGGUCUAUUGUGUCUUGCAUUGUGCUGAGCAUUGAAACUAAUCUUUUCCAGCUCUCUCUGCAGGCUAUAUACUGGCCCCAAUAUGCUAACUAUCAAGUAGGUAUCUUGACAUUUUCACUAUCACACAAUACAGCAGUCCAAAUCACAGUGAUCCCACAACUGGAGAAAUGAAUCUCAUUUCCCCAGCAUCAAUAUGUUUUGAUAUUUAAUAACAAAAAAGUACUAUUAGUAAAACUAAUUCUUAAACUUUUAUAACUACUUAAAGAAUAAGCAAUAUGUGUAUCUGUUGUGUUGUAAACCUUCCUGGAAAGUACCUUGGAAGACUCCUACAGAAGAUCUUCAGCCUUCUAACAUGGAUGGGUCACUAAAUGAAUUAUGAAUAAAGGAGACAUCUUUUUUAAGAAUAUGCUUGUCCAUCUAACACUGAAAUAAGUGGUGGCUUAUAAACUUGAGGUUAGAAUAUGUGACUUCAGCGAAUCAAAUGAUUCUGAGUCCAAAGCACAAUAGAGACUGGUAAGCACUCCAUGUUGAUGGAGAUUUUAUUUCUUAUAUUUUGCCCUUCUCAUGAGAGUGCAGGGUGGCUAAAAGCAAAGGGUAGACCAAAGUAAAAGCACACUACAAAGUAUAGCAGACAAGUCAGCACUAAAUUAGAGAAAUGCCGUAUAAAUUAUGCCACUCUUACUAUACCCCAAAGGCCUGUUGGAACAAACAGGUAUUUGGUUGCCCUCUGUGGGGAACAGUCUGAGUGUGAUAGGUAAAGGGUUCCACAGUCAGGGCAAGACCAUUGAGAAGGCCCUGUCUUGUGUAGCAAUCCUCUGGGUCAAAUACACUGAGGGUACACUGCAAGCUAGGCUUCGCCUGCAGAUCUCAAAACAAAGGUUUGCUGAUACUGGGGAAGGCAUUCCUGCAAGUACUUGAGUUCUAACCCAUUUUUGAAUGCUAUUAUCUUAUUGAAUUUGACCUGGUAGGCUAGCACAAUUCUUUUAUGCUCUGUGUCAUUUACCAUUUCUUGCUGCCCUGUACAACAACUGGACAGUAGCACUCUGCGGCAGCUGCAGCUUCUAGAUCAUCUUUAAGGAAACACCCAUGUAGAUUGUGUUGCAUUAGUUUAAUCAGGAGCUGUCUGAGUGUGGACAACUGCAACUAGGUCAUCCUGAUCCAAGAACAGCUUUAAUUGGCCAACUAGCUGGAGCUGGCACUCCUAUUGGUGGAGACUAUAUCCAGGUACACACCCCAAAAAAACCUAUGCACCUGUUAUUUUAGGAGGAAUGCUACUAACAGCCUACUAGUUCUGAGACAUGAAAAUCACCUACUCAAAACACAUCCAGCUCAAGAAUAUUAAUAGAACACAAUAAACCAAACUUAGGCAUUUCUCAACCUCCUCAUUUCUGUAAAAGUCAUGCUUAUGCUUCUGAAGUCCAUAGAUUGCAAAAUGUUUAGCUUUGUCUAGAUUUUGCCUUUUUCAUGGAACCGAAAACCUCCCUGAAUUAACACCUCAGUAGUUAAUUCAAUAAAUAUGUGAUAGUCUGUGUUGUUCAGCUGCCCAGGUGAUUUCUUUUUUUGUAACUGCUACCGUAUGAUAUUAUCAGAAUAGAUUUGGGUGAGGGGUUUAUGAACAAUACGAGCAGCUGUCCCAUGGAACUAUGUUGUCAUUGCAAAAAAUGACAAAUUUGAGGUGAGAAUUUUACUACUUUUGUCGGAUACCAGUUUCUUUGGUAAUCUUAACUGUUACAUAGUGAAGCAUUAUUUUUAUGCUUUAAAAUUUACAAAUUACAGUAUUUGUUAGGACAACAAAUAUAACCUGCCCUGGGAUCAUUAAUCUGAUGAACAGAGGCCUAGACUUUAAUUACUUAUUUCAAAGUAAUCAAAAAAACAAAAGCAAACUAAUGUCCCAGCUGAUAUAUCUACCAUUGCUUGCCAGCAAACAAUAAAAUUGUGAGCCCUUCUCUUCUAUGCCUUUCAUCAACAUACCCAUUUUGGCUAGUUCCACACAUGUUAAUAGACACUCCUAAACAGAUGGAGAAUUGGUGUAUUUCCAGUUUCUAGCGCAUACUAUUUUAGUAGCAGUUGUUAAGUUCACAAUUUUUUUUAGGGAUUCAAGUACAAUCAUAUCUAAUGUGACUAAUAAAGGGUAUGUAUGUAUGUAUGUUGGGACGCGGGUGGCGCUGUGGGUUAAACCACAGAGCCUAGGACUUGCCGAUCAGAAGGUCGCGGUUCGAAUCCCUGCAACAGGGUGAGCUCCCGUUGCUCAGUCCCUGCUCCUGCCAACCUAGCAGUUUGAAAGCAUGUCAGAGUGCAAGUAGAUAAAUAGGUACCGCUUCAGCGGGAAGGUAAACGGCGUUUCCGUGCACUGCUCUGGUUCGCCAGAAGCGGCUUAGUCAUGCUGGCCACAUGACCUGGAAGCUGUAUGCUGGCUUCCUCGGCCAAUAAAGCGAGAUGAGUGCUGCAACCCCAGAGUCGGUAACGACUGGACCUAAUGGUCAGGGGUCCCUUUACCUUUACCUUAUGUAUGUAUGUAUUUAGCCACUCGUCAUCCUUACAUCUCAGGGUGGUUCACAAGAUAAAAAUGCAAUAUAGUAACCACAAAAUGUAUAAUAAAAACAAAAAGAAGCCAUUCAGUUUUAGAUACUAUUCUCCAGGUUUCCUAGGUUUGAGAUACUAUGCUGUCCCCAGGGAGGCUUGCCUGGCACCUUCAUUUCAUCUCUUUAGGCACUAAGCAAAACCACUCUUCAUCCAAGGCCUUUGGCUAAAAACAACUGCAGUACAACCUUUUUUAACUGUGUGGAGGGGCAUUGCUUUUGUUUGUUACUAUGUUAUUUAUUCUUGUGUCUUUAUAUUGUAAACCACUCUGAUCCUCGGAUGAAGGGUGAUAUAGAAAUUUAAUAAUUAAUAACAUUUAAAAGACUUUACAUGUACAAAAGGUGACUACUAUAUUGAGGUGCUUUCCUUUUGAGUCUACAGUCAGGGGUUUUAGUGAUCCUUUUAAUAACUUGAAACACUGCUGGAAUGUAUAGAACUGAGGAGGAAAAUUGUAAGGAGACUUGGAACAAAGUACAGUUCAAAUCUUCAACCUAUGAUUAUGAGAAUGAUUAUAGGUAAUUCAUUAAUGGCAUUUGGACCUAUUAAAACUACACAUGAUUAGCAGACCCAUAUCACCAAAGUGCUGGAGAGGUGGUGAUGAGAUUGGAUGCUACUGCUGUGUGGUGGAUGUGUAAGAUAGUUGAAAACUGCUGGAAGUUAGAUUUUCAUUAUAUUUUAAACAGACCUCUCUUAAUUCAAAAUUGAUUUAUUUAGCAUUUUUCAGAACAACCCAGGUUGCAUUAUUUACAGGACUUUUGUAAGCUUUGCCAUGCUCAUAAAAUUUGUGAUAUCUGUGGGAAAUUACGUUCAAACACAACUAUGCACAAGCAGAAGUUAGUGCAUGAAGGGGUAAAGGACAACAGGGUUGUAUUGCUGGAUACACUCAGCUAAGUCACACCCCCUCUCCUCCAGAUCUCUCUCUCUCUCUCGCUGCAUCAUAUAAGUAAGCCAUGAAAAAGGAUCGCAUCUGUGCUUUGUGGGAGUUCUACUGUGCAAGUGGAAGUUCUUACAUGGGACAGCUUUGCUGAAUGAAACCUUCAGUGUCUGUGUUGGUGUACUGAUUUAUCAUUGCAGUUGUUUUUGAGACUAUAGGUAGCUUCUUGGUAUAGUUGUGGUUUUGUACUAUAAACUAUGACUCUUAAUAAAAAAUUACCUCUCUUCACAUUAAACUAGAGUUCUGUUCAUUUUCUUUCUAAAAUUUGGGUUUGUUUAACCCAAAAGUAUAAUAGAAAAUGGUUUUUUUUCCCAAGCAUAGCAAGGUAAAAUCAUAUGCUUAAACACUUUUAAGUGCAUGGUUGUGAAAAACACUAAUGAAUUUAAGCCUUAGGAUAUGUAUUUUAUCUGAAAUCCUAGUAUUGCAAUGUGGACAAAAGUUUUAGAAAGUCAUUUUUGUGGUUGUAAGCUGUUCUAAACUAUUUUUGUUAUAUUUUAAAUUGUUGUAACCUACUCUAGGUUACAUAUGUUCUACCAUGUGAUCUUGAAUUCCUGAAGCAGUCCAUUGAUCAGAUAAUAUGAGCCAAUUCAGCACAAAUUGGUCAUAUACUAUUUCAUCAGAAUGCCUGCUAUCAUUCUGUUAUUAACCUUAAACCCUUUGUUUCAGUAGAUAAGUGUAUAAUAGUGUCACAGUUCAUUUGAAUAAAAACAUAAAACUUAUUUCCAUAACUUGAAUUUCUGUGCCUUUUUUAAAAAGUCAUUUAGUAAUUUUCUGGAUGUUAUGUAAUCUUAAGAUUCAAGUUAAGCUAUUUCCAAAGGUCAGGUUGAUAAAAGUUAGUUGUGUUGCCAAGUUCCAUUACAGCAAUUUUUAAAGACUGCCAAUGUCCCUAGGUACCAAGAAAAAUAUUUCACGCUUCUUUAAAUGUUUUGUGGCUUUGUUAUAAAUAUAUCCAGUUUCUUUAACCAAAUUCUGUUCUACCAUUCAUGUAUCAUAUGGCCUAUAUAGUCUUUGAGUUAGUGACCUCCAUUGUUAGCUUGCACAUUUCACUUCAUUUGAACAGCAUUUUGUAGAGGAAAGUUCAUGUUUGUGGAUCAUUCAGCUUCUGUGUUAGCCAAUGCUCUGCCCAAGAAAGAAGGCUAAAUUUAUAUUUUGCAGUCCUGAGUAGAGACUUUAAAGACGCACUUUAAAGAUGUUUGCACUCAGCCACUGUGUGACUAGCAUUUGUCAUGUAUUUUAAAAAAGAAAAUAUUAAAAUUGGGACAAAGGAGGCAAAGCAGUUUGAGUUACUGAAUAAGCUUUUUGUUCAAGCUCAAAUUUAUUAAACUGUGUUCAGUUAGCUCUGAUGUUUGGCAAUAAUUAAUCUGGAGUAGGGGAUUAUGAAAACACAUCAAUGUUAUUCUGAAAGGAUAAUGCAAGUGAAUGACUGAAUACAUGGGUCUGUUUUUUCUAUUUUCAGAGGGUCCUUAUGGAAUAUUUGCUGGCAGAGAUGCCUCAAGGGGACUGGCAACUUUCUGUCUAGAUAAAGAUGCGCUUAGAGAUGAAUAUGAUGACUUAUCAGACUUAAAUGCUGUGCAAAUGGAAAGCGUUAGAGAAUGGGAAAUGCAAUUUAAAGGUAAUGUUUAAAUUAGGAUAUUCCUUUAAAUCAAAUGGAAAGUGAGUACUUGUAAAGGUGUUUCUCAAUUAUUUUGCAGAAAUUGAUAUUUACUAAAUCGCUAGUGAAAAUGUCAUGGUUCAGCUUAUGUAAAUAUUCAUGCAAUAUGUAAAUACUUAUGCAAAUAUGCAUAAGUAUAGUGUAUCUGUGUGGAAGGGGAGGUAAGAGACACCUUAAUAGGUUUCCAUGGCUGGGCACAACAGGACCACUCCCUUCCUCAUAGUAGUGAAAAUACUGGAUCAGAUGGGGAUCAGGAGGAUCUGGAGGCAGUUGGUUCUAAGUCUUAGUAUACAGUUGCCUCUUGUUAAUUCUGCUGCCACAAGCAAGAUAAAAAAUUGUGCUGGCUAGGAUUGAUGGGAGUUGUCAUCCAGAGCAUCUGGAGGACACCAGAUUAGGGAAGGUUAGGAUACCUAGUGCUUCUGUAAACAUCAGCAUUAGUCAAAGUACCUCUUGUGGGGGAAGGAGCUACUGCUGUGCGGGGAGUGAUCACAGGGGUUCUUCCAGAAUUCCAAAAUCACUAUCUCAUGAGUUGCUUCAGGGACUGCAGUACAUUCUCAUCAUUGUAGAGACAUUCUUGCAUGGAUGUUUGUGCAGGCAGAGCUUAGUCCUUGACUGUCAACAGUCAGCAGGGGAGGGUGGUGGUGGCAGAGGCAAAAGCCACUGCUCUCUGUAAGUUCACUUAACCUCUGACACUUGUUGCUGUUUGGUGAAUGUGGGUGGACAAGUAAGUUUUCUGCCCAUGGUGACAGCUGUCAAGAAGGCCAUUUUUAUUGCAGAAACACUAACCUUUCCAUUGUGGGCGUGUUAUUUCCAGUAUACUAGGAUGUUUUUCAGGUAGGAGAAAGCUAAAAGAACAGCUUAGGUGUGUCUGAUAACACCUUUAAUCAUGGAUACGAACUAAAAAAGUUAAAUUAAUGGGUUGAGAGAUAGACCAAUGUUUAUAUAGAUGUUUAAUGUCAUGUUGUAACUUUUGAUUAUGAUACCUACAUGUCUUUUUCAGAAAAAUAUGACUAUGUAGGUAGACUGCUAAAGCCAGGAGAGGAACCAUCAGAAUAUACAGAUGAGGAAGAUACCAAGGAUCACACUAAACAGGAAUAAACAUUGUAAAUCACCAAAGUCAGGGGCCUUUGGAACUGCAAUCUCUUACUCCCCAUCACAGAAUGCCCUGUGUCCUUGGGUACAGUUCAUCUGCUGCGGAAAACGACUUGAUAGGUUUUGUACAAGAACAUCAUUACCCUCUCAACAAAAAAUUGAUUACUAGGCAUUAUUUGUGCUGCCAAACAUAGUUUUUGUUGCAGUUUAACUGUAAUGUCUGGAAAGGCUUCAGAAAUGAAAUGGGCGCAGGGAUUUAAAAUGCAAAGAAAACUAUUCUUUUUAGCAUGUUGAAGCCUAUGAACAGUUUGUCAUUUACAAGCUUAAGCAUUUCAUAUGCCAUUUUCUACUUCUCUUGACGCUAAAUGGAAAACCUAGUUAAGGAAUCCCAAGUAAAUUUGGCUGCUGAAACAUAAUAAAAUGAAAAUACUCAAACUAGUUUGUGGGCCAUUGGUUUCCAUGGCAGAAAACUACUUCAGAUCUCUGCAGAUUAAAGGGUUUCAAAUAGAAUCUCCUGGAGGAUAAAGGAAAAUUUAUCUGCAGAAGGUAUCAUCUGAAGCUUCUAUGAUUUUCCUUCCCCCUCAAUCAAAUCGGAAUAAUUGUGCCUUAUUUCAACUUAGAGACUUGAAGUGUUUUAAGGGAAAACCCCAAAUGUGACCUGAGUCACUAAAAGCAGCAUUGAGGACUGAAGUUAGAACAUUCGGGUGACUGGAAAACAUUGAUGUCAUUCUGUAUAUAGAAUGUAAAGGAAUACUCAGUGUUACUGCCAUAUAUAUAUAUAUGUUAAUAUACAUAAACUUAAUUAGCAGUGUAAUGGCCAAAUGCACUCCCCUUUUGCUUUUUAAAUAAACAAGCCCACCUCUUCCCUAAAUUUAAGGAGCCUAGCCUCAUAUCUUUGAGAAAUGAGGGAUGUGCAUGGAUGUGGGUGCUCAUGUGCAAGAAAUGGAGGGAUGGUUCCUGCAGAUACUGUAAAUAUGAAUACAAUUUUAAUAAAGCAUGUAAAAUACCAAAUGUGCUGUCAGACUUUAUGUAGAUGCUAUUAAGCUAGUAUCGGUGGCCAGGACUCGUGUGUAUGAGUAAAAGAAGAAAUAUUGGAGAUAUUAAAUAUUUUUGCACUGCUAUUAAAUAAAGCUUUACCCAGCUCAUUUUUACUUAGUCAUCACACUUAAUUCACAACAGAAAUGUGACAUUCAGGUACAGUUUAGAUGAAUGAGAGCAAACAGGUGGCAUAUAACUGGAGCAUAUCUGUAUGUUGACAUGCUUUGGCUAUUACUUUUCAUUGAAGGUUGUCAUUCCUUUUUCUUGGCAUAUUAAAAACACAGCUUGUUUUUAUCAGUGUGGCAGGUAAAGGGGAAAAAAACAAUAACUUUUUCUUGAAUCCAUUUCCUGUAAAUUAGUCAAUAAAGAAGCAUUAAGCUGCCAUCAACAACCAAGACAUGGAAAAUCAUGCCAUGCAGUAAGACAGCCAUGUGUCAUGCAUGAAGAAAACCGAGCUGUGAUCUUCAAGCUAUGUGAUAUAGUGUGUUUAACAAACAGCAUCCUCCUCCUGUCCAAAAUGACCAAACAGUUCUGGACCAUGCUCAGGUUGGCUUGUGAGUAGAAUGUUCUUAUGGUGUCAAUAGGAAGAUUUUCUAUCUGCUGCCCCAUUUUUUUAAAUGUGAACAUGCAGUUGUCCUUUAAUUUGAAAAUAAGCCUCCACUGAUGAGCCACAGUUACAACUCUUCCACUCAAAAAAUGUAUUCCAUAAUUGAAAUAAUGCAGUCUGUUUUGAGAAAUGAACAAUUUGUGUUCCUACUUUUUUUUAAAUAAAGUGUUCUGUAGAUACAUUGUUAGUGUGCUGUGUUUGUCAUUUUACAUUCAGGGAAGCUGUUGGAAGGGGAGUAAAAUGUUGGACUUAACAUAAUUUCCCUUUCUAUAGUGGAUGGAGGGUAUCCUCAAAUCAGUUGGUGUUCCCAUUCCAGUAGGGGAGGGCUAUGUUAAUCAGACUUGUAAUUGCUAUCCUGCAUGAGAGUAUGUCUCCCUAAGUUUAGGGAUAUAACAGCAACAAUCUGAACAAUUCAGAAAUUGCAACCCUGAAAAGCAAAAAUAACAGACAAGGAAACAUGUAAGGCAUCUCUAUCCUUAAAUAGCACCAGCAGAGAGCCAGAGACUUUCCCUUGACAUUCCUAGCAGCAAUAAUCACUCCAAGUAGAAUACCCUCCAUCUACUGUAGAAGAGGAACUUCCCACAGUAAGUCCAACAUUGUUUUCCUACGGUAGAGGGUCAGAUUGGAUGUUCAAAAACUGCACCCAUCCAUAGUAGGGUUUUUCACUGCGGCUCCCACCUUAAGCUGAGACCACCUCUGAAGACACCUUGGAAAGAACCAUUUAGUUCACAAUGACACACAACACUGAUGAUCAUAUGACUGCCCUACAGUUGUCCGGAGGAUUGAUACUGAACUAUGGUGGUAUUUGCACUUCACAUGGAGUGAGCAGUGGUCCUUUCAGGCAAGAGUGGAUGCUUUGUAACACAGAAAUGCAAGCUUUUUUCACCAUUCUAGUAAAGCUUUAAAGACUUUCCUCCCACCACUACCAAAAAUUCAACAUCCUUAGUACACCUACAUUGUAUAUGAAUGGUCCAUCAAGUGUCUGGUGCCAUUUCUUCUUUGGAGGUAGCUGAGAUGGCUCUGGGCCAAACCCAAGCCCUCAUGAGCCUUAUGACAGGCCAGAACUGAGCAUCUUAACACCUGAUUUCAGGAGUAUUGCCCUCUUUCAGAAUUAUGACAGCAGAGAAGCUCCAUGAGGGGAGCAUCCACUAUGGGUAUCUUGGAUUCUCCAAGGAGUUCACUGAAAUGUAGGGCUGUCCACCCCCUGCCCAUCUAGGAAACAUUGCAGCUUUGGGGUUCACUGUCCUUUUAAUCUGUCUCAUCAACUCCCCCAACUUAAAGGGAAGCGGGGUGUGUGUGGCAGAAAUAGGCAAAUGGAAAAGUUUGGCAAAACUCGGCUAAUGCCCUAACCACUGAAGCUCAGCAGGACAGAAACUGCAGGAGGCCCUCUCCAACACAUGAUGGCAGUUAAAAGCAAUUUCCACAGCCCUAUUACAGUAUGGAAGGACCAACCCAUUUGACAAUACCCUCCACUGUAGGAAAAUUAAAUUUUCCUGCUUCGAUGCAGAAAAUUAGCAAGAGCAUCUGCUUGCACUUCCAACAUAUCCUUAUACAAAGUAUGAUGGACAUUUAGGUUUAAAGCUCUACUUCGAUGGCUUUCAUAAAGGACAUAGGAAUGGUUGGAGACCAUUGUCACAUUGUGUCCUUCCUCCGCUCAAGUCAUGACUUCCUUCUCCAGGGUGCUUGAAGGGUGGCAAUAAAUCAGAGUUGGAAGGGGCCCUGAGGAUCAUCUUGUCCAAUAUGCAGCUGUCCCAUGCAUCGAACCUGCAACCUUGGCAUUAUCAGCACCAUGCUCUAACCAACUGAGCUAUCCAGUGAGAGGGCUUUUUCAGUUGUGUCCCAUCCUCCCCACUCCGCCCCCAAGUGUAUGGAAUACUUUCUCCAGUGAGGACUGCUUCGCAGAGACACACGAACAUCUUUUUGGCACCAGGUUAAGACUUCCCUUUUCUUCGCAAGCAUUUGGUGGAAUGUGACCCAGCUCUGUGAAGGCUUUGUUAGUGUUGCUGCAUUUUGGAGUUUUUCAGUUGGUUUCUGUGGAGGCAGCUGGGGUUAUAUGAUUUGUGUGUUGCAUUGAUGGUCGUUUUUAAUUCUGUAUGCUUUGAAAAUUGCUAAAUGUAUAGUGUUGGGCAGCUAACAAAACAUAACCUGCAGCUUAAUAGUCUCCUGUGUAGGGUGUAGCUCCCAUCUAUUCAAGCAACCAUUUUAAAUGAAUAGGAUUUGUCUGUUUCAGCAACAGAGCUAAGUUACUGAACAAGAUGCCUAUUGAUGGUGUUCACAUAUAAAACCUAUGCAGGAUGAAAAAAGGUGAAGCAGCACCUUCCUCAGUACAAGCCCGUUCAUAUCCUAAGAUCUUCCUGGCACCCCAAUGCUAGGAGAUGUCCAUUAUGUGGUGAUGAGGGAAAAGGCCAUAUCUGUGGUGGCCCCCCAUUUGUGGAAUGUCCUUCCUCCCCUUAGAAAUAUUAGUCCCAAAUAUACUUCUAUAAUUCCAAAACCACAUAAAGAACUUUAUGUCUAGGCAUUUGGAGGAUGUAGGAGUAUUUAUUGCUGUCUGCUUUGCAUAUUUGAGGUUUUUUAGUUUUAAUUGUGUUUUUUGGCCACUCUCAUUGUUAAAUUGAUAGUUUUUAUUUUUAAGUUAUACCUGUAAUGUGUGUAUGAUAGCAACUACCUUCUGAGGUCUAUUACAAGAAGCAGGCUGUAAGUAUAUCUAAUGUAUGAUGGCACCUCUAGCAAAAACAUAGACAUAUCCUCAAAAACCCAAGGUCUUCAUCAGAGACUAUGUCUAUUCAACCCAACAGAAAUAAAUUAGAAGCAUUUUCUAAAUCUGUUUUAUGACACAGAUUAGUAUUUCCCCACACAAUCAGCUGCUAGUGAUUUUAGUAACCUUUGCCUUCCAUGGCUUGUCACUAUUUUACAAAGACAUGCACUUAAAAACAAAACACUGCUUGCCAAAGAAGAAAGAAAUGCCCUACUGCCCAUUUUAUUUCUGAGGAACCAUAAAGCAAGGUUUGGGGAGGGCGUUUCCAGCCAACCUGUUAUUUGUGGCAAGUCGCUUUGGUCAUGAUUUCUUUUGUGGGAAAGUGACAUACAAAUAAAACAAAUGACUGGUGUAAAUU